AUGGCUGCUACAAGUCAGUUAGAGAGCUUAAACAGAACCUUAUUUUGUUGGAGACUUCUAGGGAUAUGGCCUGGGGAAAACCCUAGUCGCUUUUAUAGAUUCUAUACAGUUAUUUUCUUGUUUUCAACGAUGAUAAUAUAUGACACAGCACUUGCGGUAAACUUAUUUUGUACGCCGUUAAAAAUUGAGUUACUGAUUCAAGAGGUUACUUUCUUCUUCAACGUUGUAUCUAUCACGACGAAGAUUUUGAUGGUAAUUGUAUGGAGAAAAAGGAUUACCAAGCUAUUGGAAAUAUUAGACAGUGAAAUGUUUCAGGGCAAAGAUGAUGCCACUCGAAAUAUUUUAGCAGGAGAUACAAAUUCCUAUACACUAUAUAGAAAUAUACUCUUGGUGAUGGGUCAUUUUGCCUACGCCUUCAAUUCAGUUGUACCUAUUAUAGCAAACUUGGUGAUACCUUCGUAUGUGAUAAAACUCCCUACAUCCAACUAUUAUUUUUUGGGGGAAGAUACUAAAAAUGACUAUUUUGCAUUCAUAUUUGGUUACCAGGCAUUUGGAAUUUAUGGUUUGAUGAUGUCCGAUAUAUCUGUCGAUACAUUUAUAAACGGAUGUUUAUUCUUUGCAAUAAGUCAGACGAAAGUUUUGUAUUAUAAUUUGAGCAAUCUCAAACCUGAUAAAAGUCUAAAACUUUCGAGAGAGUCAAAAGAAUAUGUUCAGAUCAAGAAAUUGAAUGAGUCUUUGAGGCACUACGAAUGUAUUUUGAAAUACUGUGCAGAAUUUCAAACUAUAAUAAACGUGACUUUAUUUAUCCAAUACACGAUGGGAGCUAUGAUUAUUUGCGUAUUAUUAUGUGGGCUAUUGUUGCCAUUAACGUCGGAGGAGUAUACAUUUAUGGUAACUUAUCUAUCAGCUAUGAUAAUGCAAAUAUUUGUGCCAGGGUGGCUGGGCACCCAACUUACCUAUCAGAGUCAAGAGUUAGUGUUCGCGGCGUACAAUAGCGAUUGGAUCCCUAGAAAGGCGCCAUUCAAAAGGAGUAUCAAGAUUUUCGUAGAGCGUGCCAACACGCCCAUUGUGUUGGUCGGCUUGAAAAUGUUUCCAUUAUCUCUUGAGACGUUUACAUCUAUUAUGAAAACGGCUUAUUCCUUCAUGACGCUGGUAAGAAACAUUCAGGAUCUUGAGGAAUAG